UGGUUAUAUUAAUGACUUUGGGUCGGAGUUAGAAUCCGCUGACGAUGAUGAAGAUUCGUUCAGUUUAUCAAUCGCCGAUUUACCAGGAUUGAUAGAGGGAGCAGCACUGAAUCGUGGGAGAGGUCGAGAAUUUCUGAAGCAUCUCGAGUUCAGCGAUAUAUUAUUGAUGGUUAUUGAUGUUCUUGGCUUCAAACUUGACUUAUCCAUGAGUAAUCCAUAUCGUAAUGCAUUAGAAACUGUUGCACUUCUGAAUAUCGAGUUAGAAAAGUAUGAUCCGGCUUUGGCGAUGAAGCCAACGAUCAUUACGCUGAACAAAAUUGAUUUGCCUAAUGGGGAACAACGGGCCAAAGAAUUGGUUUCAAUUUUAGGAAAAAAAAAUUGGUCAGAAGCGCUACCAGAAGAAAUGCGACCCUCGCGACCAUUAUCUGUAAAAGCAGUAAUACCGAUUGCAGCGAAGGAUCGUCGUUUGGGCGAUUUAAAAAAUCAGCUGAAAUUUCUGUAUGCACGAGUGCAUCCUUUAUCAGCGCCAAACUUCGGCUCCGCUAAGAAAACUGUACUUGUGUGA